CCCUCUGCCUCCACUACAGAGCGGCCAAUAAAACUCUUGAUCAGAUUCAGGCUGCACUCGGUGUUCUGGACUCCUAGAUCUCCUGCCUCCUACUUCUCAAGGACCAUGAAGCUUCAGCUGGUGGCUUUUUCUGUCUUUGUAUUCCUGCUCCAAGUGAUCCCAGCCUACGGUGAUGGGAGAAAAUGCCGGAACAAAUUGGGGACCUGCAGGAAACACUGCAAAUACGGAGAAGCAAUAAAAGAAGUUUGUAAAAAUCAUCGCAUCUGCUGCAUUUCAGCUAGUAAAAGCCACAGCCAAGGGGCCUUUGACAAGAUACUUCCCAAGGCAACUCCCACCACUUGGUACGAUUUACCAUCAGGUGCUUUUGAUGUGAUUAUGACAGUACCCGCUGCAAACCGCUUUGAAGAAAAUGUCAACGACUGAGGUGAGGACUCUGACAAGGACCAGGGAGCUCAGAUGUUGACCCCGGAGGUUCGCCACACUUUAUGACUUCUCAGUGUUACUCACCCAUGUCCUCAGAGCAAUGGACAAAGUCACAAAAUAAGAUACUAGAAAUACAUCAUGACCCACCCUUACCUCCCCCAUAUGUAAUUCUAGAUAAAAAACAGCUGUGUAAAGAAGUCCAAACAUUCACUACUUCCCAUGGUAAACUCUUAAAUGAUCUUCUUAAAAAGUCCAACAAUUUCCACAAGAUUGAAUUCACUUUUAGUGUUCCUGUGUAUAGGUGACAUGUGUACAAAGCCUUAAUCACUUAAUUAAAUAUC